GACAUGUUGUUCUAUCAAAAUCAGCUACAAAGAUAGGUGUUUGCUAUGGAACGCUUGGCAACAACUUACCAUCCCCAGGAGAAGUUAUAAAUAUGUAUAAACAAUAUAACAUCGGAAGGAUGAGACUCUAUGACCCAAACAAAGAUGCUCUCCAAGCCCUUAGAGGCACCAAUAUUGAGCUCAUGCUUGGUAUCCCUGAUAAAGAGCUUAAACGAAUUGCUUCAAGCCAAGACUACACAAACACAUGGAUCCCAAACAAUGCACAAAACUAUGGAGAUGUCACAUUCAAAUAUAUUGCAGUUGGCAAUAAAAUAAAGCUUGAUGAUCCAUAUGUACAAUUUCUUUUCCCUGCUAUGAAAAACAUUCAAACUGCAAUUUAUAAUGCUAGCCUUGGAAAAAAGAAUCAAGUCUCUACUCCCAUUAAUCAAGCGGCCUUUGCAGAGUCCUACCCUCCAUCAAAAGGUUCCUUCACAUCUGAAUACCAAUUUUUUCUUGAUCCUAUCAUUGGCUUCUUAGUGAAGUAUAAGUACCCAUUACUCGUUAACAUGUAUCCAUACUUAAGUUACAUCGGUGAUACUAAAGACAUUCACAAAUUCUCUGUCAUCGACCAGUGCAACAAAAAUAUAUAUAAAUCUUGA